GCUAUAUAAUAAGGAACACUUAAUACUCGGUACUCGCAAAACCCUGCACAACUUCCACCAAAGCUCAGUUCUGCUGACUAGGAUUACGAUCGAAGAGGAUGAAGUGUUUGCUGGUGGUAUUGUGCGCUUUUGCAGCGACUACACAUGCCAAGUUCGUAGGUAACCCCAGGUGUGUUUAUGGGCCCGCGUACUGGUGCCGCAGUCUCGAGCAUGCGCAGGAGUGUGAUGCUGUGGAACACUGUAAAAACAGUGUUUGGAAAUACAAUCAGGAUACCUGUGCCAUCUGUGAGGCAGUUGUUGGGAAAGUAAAGGAUGCUUUGGACGAUAAGUCGAUGGAGGGUAAGGUCAAGGCCAUCUUGGAUGAGAUCUGCGACAAGGAUGGAGGGUUUUUCGCUGGUGAAUGCAAGAAAGUGGUCGAUACCUAUUUCACAAUGAUCAUCUCGCAGCUUGAUAUUAUUUUGCAAAACCCCAAACAGGUGUGCACUACUCUGGGUCUUUGCUCGGCUGAGGCUGAAGAAGUAUUGAAGAGACUGCUGUGGCAGGCAUUGGAAGGCGGUGAUCAGGGUUCUUGUGAAAUUUGCGAGCUUGUAGUCGACAAAAUUAGAGGUAUCCUCCAGAAUAACGCUUUACAGCAAAAGGUCCAAGCGACACUGGAGCAGUUCUGCAAAACACUUGGGCCACUGGCAGCGCAGUGCAAGUCCGGUGUUGAUCAGUAUUUCCCUAUCGUCAUUGCGCAUCUGAACACUCUUUUGCAAGAUUCCAAGCAAGUGUGCACAGAAUUGGGGUUGUGUAUCGCGGGAAACAGAAAAGCAAUGAUGGACAACCUAAUACAGCACGUGUUGCGGUCUUUGCCCAGUGUGCACAACUCGGAAGUGUGCAGCAUCUGUGAACUUGCUGUGGAUAAAAUCAGGGAUGUCAUUGGAGAUAACUCUAUACAGGCUGAAAUUAAAGGAGUCCUUGAAGAUGCCUGUGUUAAAGAGGGCGGGGCUUACGCUGGUGUUUGCAAGGCCUUGGUGGACCAGUACUUCCCUAUCAUCAUCUCACACUUAGACAAACUCGUACAAAACUCGAAGCAAGUGUGCACUGCCCUGGGAUUAUGCUCCGCUGAUCGCUGGGUGUGUCCGCGACCCGACGACGCCCCUCAGUGUGUGUUGUGCGAGUUUGUGAUGAAAGAGAUCAAGCAGCUUUUAGCCAAGGAUACCACUCAGCAAGGAAUCGAGAAGGCGCUUAUGAUGGUCUGUUCUAUCAUGCCAGAAACAAUCAGGAAUAACUGUGACAAGUUCGUGACUGAAUAUACACCAAUCAUCAUGAGCUUGCUUCUCGAGGAAGUUGACCCUGCGAAAGUCUGUUCCAUGAUUGGACUCUGUAACAGCCCUGCAGCAGCUCUAGUGCGCAUGACCUUAGUGCGACAGAUAUAAGAUGUAUCUGAGAAAUACGAGGACAGUUAUAAGAUGUAUCUGGGAAAUACGAGGACAGAUAUAAGAUGUAUCUGGGAAAUACGAGGCAACUGACUAAAUGUGCCGAGGUUGAUUUCUAUAAUAUACGGAAUAAAAAAUACUGAACCUGUC